AACAGAGACAGCCCCUUGUGUUUUAGGUGGGGUUGGCAUUGCCGUUUCUAAUAAAUUACAGAUUUGUGCAAGAUCAGCGUCAGAGGUUCUUCAGGGCUACAAGUGCAAGUGAGAUUUCUGGAGAGUUCUGCUGUGCUGCAUCUGCUGUCCAGGCACCUGUUUUAUCCACUGAGAUCCACAAUCACUGGAAACACAAUGGCUCCUCUGAGGUCUGGAGCACAGGGAUUGUCUCCUGUGACCCUGUGCUGUGUGACACUGGCUGUUUGGCUGUGCUGUGGAGCUCAUACUGAGGCUUCUGUGCUCAACGUGAAGCGUUUCAUCGGCUGCGCAGUUCGAGAAUUUACCUUUCUGGCCCGUAAGCCGGGAUGCGGUGGGCUGCACAUCUCCACUGACGCCUGCUGGGGACGCUGUGAGACCUGGGAAAAGCCUGUCCUGGACCCGCCCUUCAUCGAGUCGCAUCAGCGCGUGUGCACCUAUAACGAGACCCGGUUAGAGACGGUGCAGCUCCCCAACUGCUCAGCAGACGUGGACCCGUCCUACACCUAUCCAGUGGCCCUGCGGUGUGACUGUGGGGUGUGUCUCACCAGCACCACUGAAUGCAUCACCUCUGUCUGAUAUGCAGGAGAAACCAGCCAUUACGUUAUGGUUGAAACACCAAAGGCCAUGUGCACUGCAGGAAUAACAUCUUACCUUCAAAUGGUCCCUGUAUGCUUUUUUUCCUCGUCCUCUUUUUAUGACCUAUCCUCCUCCUUUUUCUGAAAAGAGCAAGAUGAUGUUAAUAAAAUUAAACUGCAAACACCACA